UAACAACCUGCUGCCUGAACUUGGUCCGUCCGCUCUGAGCUCGGUGUCGGUCUCCAGCUGUGCCUCCAGCUGUGCCUGCCCCGGUAUGUGCGCCAGGAUGACGCCGUGGUGAGGGCGAGCGCGGUCCGGGCCUCCGCUCCGAGCCGGCUGCAUGGUGCUCCGCGUCUCUCCGCCUGCAGUCUGGCCUCCAGCCGGGAAUCAACUUCAUUCCUCCGCGUCGCCUCUCCUCUGCUUUGUUUAGUUUCUUUUUGUUUUGUUUUUUUUUAUUAUUUUUACGAAGAUGGCGGUGAGGGGGACACUGUGAACUAAAUGACUGUCAGAAACAUCGCCUCCAUCUGUAAUAUGGGCACCAAUGCCUCUGCUCUGGAGAAAGACAUCGGCCCGGAGCAAUUCCCAAUCAAUGAACACUACUUUGGAUUGGUCAAUUUUGGAAACACAUGUUACUGUAACUCGGUGCUCCAGGCUCUGUACUUCUGCCGGCCUUUCCGGGAGAACGUGCUGGCCUACAAAGCCCAGCAGAAGAAGAAGGAGAACCUGCUCACGUGCCUGGCUGACCUCUUCCACUCCAUCGCCACGCAGAAGAAGAAAGUGGGUGUCAUCCCACCCAAAAAGUUCAUCUCCCGACUACGAAAAGAGAACGAUCUGUUUGACAACUACAUGCAGCAGGAUGCACACGAGUUCCUCAACUACCUGCUGAACACCGUGGCCGACAUCCUGCAGGAGGAGAAGAAGCAGGAGAAGCAGAACGGACGGCUCAAGAACAACGGCACCGCCGUCGUCACGGAGACGGAGACGGAGAACAAGACGGAGCCCACGUGGGUCCACGACAUCUUCCAGGGCACGCUGACCAACGAGACGCGAUGCCUGAACUGUGAAACGGUGAGCAGCAAGGAUGAAGAUUUCCUGGAUCUUUCUGUGGACGUCGAGCAGAACACAUCAAUAACGCACUGUCUCAGGGACUUCAGUAAUACAGAGACUCUGUGCAGUGAAUAUAAAUACUACUGUGAAACCUGCUGCAGCAAGCAGGAAGCACAAAAGCGGAUGCGCGUGAAGAAGCUUCCCAUGAUCCUGGCGCUACACCUCAAGAGGUUCAAGUACAUGGAGCAGCUGCACCGCUACACCAAGCUGUCCUACCGGGUGGUUUUCCCCCUGGAGCUCCGUCUCUUUAACACGUCUGGGGAUGCAGUCAACCUGGACCGCAUGUAUGAUCUCGUGGCGGUGGUGGUUCACUGUGGGAGUGGCCCGAAUCGAGGUCAUUACAUCACCAUCGUGAAGAGCCACGGCUUCUGGCUGCUGUUCGACGAUGACAUUGUGGAGAAAAUUGACGCACAGGCCAUCGAGGAGUUUUACGGCCUUACCUCAGACAUCUCCAAGAACUCUGAGUCGGGAUACAUCCUGUUCUACCAGUCCAGAGAGUGACGCUUCAGCUGGAUC